AUGUCAUCCCACGCCUCACACUCUACUUCCCAACUCGGAAAGAGAACCAAUUCGUUGGCCUUUGCCGCCAUGGACUGCCACACUUGCGCCUCUAACGGCCACAAAUGCGAUCGCCAGCGUCCGCAAUGCACAACUUGUCUGGACCAAGGCCAGAAAUGUGGUGGCUUUGCAAUGCCUUUAUCCUGGGACGAGAGACGCACAUGGCUAGGCCAGACAUCCCGAAAUAAGUCAUUAAGGACUGCUCCAGAGGAGGGAGAUGAUGUGCAGAGGUCCUCCGUUUCCCAACAUGGAGAUACUACAUCACCUAAUAGCAAUCCCCGGAAUUUUAGGUUUGUGCUGAAUGGCAAUAAGACGCGAAAGAGACGGAAGGUUGUCCAAUCACGCAAGGAAAACACGCCCGGGCCUGUGACGGCGGCGGAAGCAGUUACGGAAGACUGCCUACCAGCGCUGGAUGGGACUAAUCUAGACAAUAUUUUCCUCCGGGGACAGCAGGCUGAUCCAUUUCCUGAACUGGCAUCUCUUGCUGCUUCCGAGCAAUGGCUUGAUGAUCCUGGCAACGCGCUUUUCUUGAAUGACACUUUUGAUCUGUCAUCUUCGCUCGACUACUUUGCGACCUUGUUGCCGCCGGAGCUCUCCGCCCCAUCAGUCCACAACCCCAUAACGAUGGACCGUGACCCCGCAGAAUCGCUAACCGGCCCGGGAGGACUACCAGCGGACGCUUUUCCGGAGGCCCUAGCAUCUCUUGUACACCAGGGCGAAGCUUCUGUUGAGGGAGGGGGUGUAUUGACGACUCAGCGUUCUCCAGUGGCAUCUGGGAGUGGAGCUAGGCUGGUGCCAAGUGCCCCGGUGGGGAGCCAGAGUGACGCUUUAUUGCAAAUGUAUGACUCCGAAUUCUGCGUCCUCCCUAUAACCUCGGAUACUGAGUUGAACCCAUUCCGCUUUCGCCAACCAUUGUCCCAGGCACCUCGGGUCUUGUUCCAUUCUAUCUUUGCCCUAUGCUGCCGGCACCUCAGUCAGCUUACCGGGUCCUGGUCAUCAGAAGAGCGGGAACAUCGCAGCCAAGCUUCGAAACUAUUAGAGUCUGCUUUGAAAAUCGACCAGCUUGCGAGGAGAGGAUUGACUUUGUUAGAUCCGAUCUUAAUCCUCUUCACGCUUGAUUGCACCAUCUCCGCGUCUGGUCGAUGGUCGACUCAUUUGAGCCGCGUGCGGUCCAUCCUUGAAACAUGUGGUGGUGCUACCGCUUUGAACAAUGCUCGCCUUCGGUCACAAGUAGCUAUGAUGCUCUGGUGGGAUGCAACCCUAGCCUUAGUAUCUCGUCAAGGGACCGUGUUCUCGCAACAAUAUCUAGACCACGUUGCAAGAGAAGAGAAAAAUGAUAGAUGGUCAUUUUACGACCUGACAGGAUGUCCAAGCGAUCUAGUUAUCUACAUUUUCAAACUCGCCCAAUUGGCGCAGCAGAGCGAAAUCGCAUCCUCCAUGACAUGGCUGACCUUUGACCUUAAUCCAGUCGUUCAGAUAGAAUCCCAGCUUCGAGCAUGGAAACAUUUCUCCUUCACAGCUCCCGAGUACAGUGCCACCGAUGACAGCUAUGAUGAUAGCGACAAAAGUGAGCGAGAUGGCGAAUCGGCCUUUCACGCCCGCCAGGAUCGUCAUCACGUCGCAGAAGCCUGGCGCCACGCAUUACUACUAUAUAUCGAACGGAUAUUUAGAUGGGACCGGUCCCAGAAAAGGCCUCGCUCAAUUAAACAACUUGCGAGACUCACAUUGAACCAUGUUCGGUGUUGUCGACGGACGUCACAAAUGCAAAAACAACUAUUGCUGCCCGUCUUCCUCGCAGGGAGCGAGACAGGAGAUGAGGAUAUGCAAGACCUGGUCCGAGGAUAUUGCCACUGGUGGGGCAAGCGUAGUCGAUUUAAUAUGUUUCACUCGGUACCGGCAUUGCUUGAGGAUAUUUGGGGAGGAGGUAAGUGGUGGGGCUUAGUUGUGGAUGAGAAGACAAAGGGUGCUAUAGGGGAGAAUGUGAGCAUGCAAUUUUUAUUUGGCUAG